AUGAGAGGGAUGCUGUAAUUGAGGAGUGCGUGGUCAGCGCACCUUAGUCCAGUACCCCUGCUUCUUCUACCGCUGUUGGAGUUGAGGUGCUGGAGGUCGUGAAGGUUGUAGAUGGUGAGUCAAUCAGCCCUACCUAUGGCUGGAAGUUGCAGCAUAUCUAUACACUUGGCGCUUCGUGCCCUGACGCUUGGCGUUCCUAUAUCUCCUCCCAGACGAGCCUUCCAGGAUUCUGUUGUGAAACUGUUUCCUCCUACUCCCAACAUUUCACACUUCCUCUUCCCCUACCCCAACCACUCAACUAAGCAACAGGCACCGUCACUGCCAUCACUCCCAUCUCAACCGAGCCCAGAACAAGGCGCAAUACCUCACUCAUCUAUUGAGCAAGAACGGAAAGAAAAGCCAAAAGAUCCUGAUCAACAUCAAGGAGAGGCCGGAUACGAAAAAGAAGGGGCCGAGUGUGACUACUGUAGCGUUUUACCAGAGACAGUCGCAUUCAUUCCUGGGAUCCAGAAACAAUUUGGUGCGGUACUUAACUAUUAUGGGAGAGGAAUAGGGAUUCUUACAGAAGUAGGCUGCGAUUUUGUGGAUGAUAGAUUAGAAGGAUCUAAGAUACAUGAACUGCAGUUGGGUUUCAAUUGUUUGUCGCACGGACACACUACAUUGCUUGUGGUGAUAUAAACGCUUUGUCUGCGUUCAGAAAGUAAGGUUAUGUUGACGUCGCAUCCCUAGCACAAAUUUCA